AUGGCGCCUGCCAUUCUGACUCAACGCCCGAGAAUCUUAUUUCUGGACGCCUACGAUUCGUUUUCAAACAACAUUGUCGCGACAGUCGAACAAAACAUCGACGCGCAAGUCGUCAAGGUCUUUAUUGACGAUCCGAAUCUUACAAAGGUAAAAGAUGAUGGGCAGCACUCAGCCUUUACGGAUUACCUCAAGAGCUUCGAUGGUGUGAUUGCUGGACCCGGGCCCGGCUGGGCCAAAUGCGAAAGGGACGUUGGUCUGAUGAAAGAGCUCUGGAGUCUUCAAGAAGAGCAGCUUGUUCCUGUUUUUGGCAUCUGUCUGGGCUUCCAGUCCCUAUGCCUUGCCUUUGGAGCCGACAUUGAACGACUUGAGGAGCCGAAGCAUGGCAUCAUAACCACUGUCCUGCACAAAGGCCAGUCCAUAUUUCGAGGCGUAGAGCGUCUAUUGGCCACACAGUACCACUCCCUUCAUGUCAAGCUCAACCACCCUAUCCAAAGUAAACGAGCUGUACGAUACCCCGCCCAGCUCUGGGAACCCACGGAAACUUGCCCCGACCUCGAACCGCUGGCAUGGGAUUUCGAUAGCGAGCGCAAUGGUGCUGUGCUCAUGGGUGUCAAGCAUAUACAAAAGCCAUUCUGGGGCGUUCAGUUCCAUCCAGAGUCAAUUUGCACAAACGACGAAGGAAAACGCCUCUUCCAGAACUGGUGGGAAGAUGCCCAGGCUUGGAACCGCAAGCGCAUGUUUCGCAAUGUUCCCAAAAACACUCUCAUGCCAAAUACGCCAUCUUCCCCAAUGACCUUUGCGGAUUUCCGACGAGAACUUGGUUUCCACGGUGCCAUGAAACAGAGCAAAUACUCAUCUGCUAAUUUUGCGGCAAAUCCCGACAGCGAUACCAUUACACCCUUUGAACUAGCAUCGCUGAUUGCACACGGCGACGGGCAAACAAUACCAGACCUGGCCCCCAGCACUGUACACUGUGCAACUACCGGAAGCGGGAGGCUUACAGUUGCCGAUGUCUGCGAACUUUUCGAGUUGACACGAGGAGAAGCUCUAGUUCUUGAAUCCGGAUUGCAGUCGAACUUGGUACCCAUGGCCGUAGGUACUGGCAGAUAUAGCAUUAUCGGGUUUGUUAUUCCUGAAGAGACCCUCCGCUUGCACUACUACGCUGGAUCCCGCAGAAUGGAGCUCAGGGAUGGCAAGGAUCAAGUGCAUACUGAAUGGACCGUGAAUGACCCAUGGCCAUAUGUACGAGAAGUCAUGAAGAGUCUCCAGCCAUCCACACCACCACAAGGUUCGACGUGGGCUCCUUUCUGGGGAGGUCUAAUGGGAUUUGCAUCGUACGAGGCCGGUCUGGAGACUAUCGGUGUCCACGGGCAUGAUGAAGCCGCUUAUCCGGACAUUUGCUUUGCAUACAUUACCCGAAGCAUAGUUUUCGAUCACCAAGUCAAGAAGAUUUAUGUCCAGAGCAUCCGUGGCGCCUUUGAUCAAGACUGGGUUGAAGAGACGAUAGAAAGGCUGUACGACCAUGCUGGUGUGAAAUCUCGGGAAAGCACGCCAGGGUCUAGUGCUAUGGCAGAAGUGGACCCGUUCGAAACACACGGUACAAUGGACCAGUACAUUGAAUCGUGCCGACAAUACAAAGCCGGCGAGGGUGAAUACUCGGAAAAAGUCCGUAUUUGUCAAGAAGCCAUAGCAGAUGGCCAGAGCUACGAACUCUGCCUUACUACACGCAACGAGAUUCAUGCUCGUAAACCGACUGCCUGCAGAAUUUCGCGUUCCGAGGACAACGAACAUUCUUGGAACAUGUACAAGCGCCUAGCCAGCCAGAAUCCCGCUCCGUUUAGCGCAUACAUGAGGAUACACAAUGUCCACGUCUUGAGCUCAUCACCGGAAAGAUAUAUCAGUUGGGACAGGUCACAAACUGCCCAAUGUCGGCCCAUCAAAGGCACGGUACAAAAGAAACCUGGCGUGACUGCUGAAAUGGCCCACGAGAUUCUUUCUUCAUCCAAAGAACGGGCAGAAAACCUCAUGAUUGUGGAUCUCACUCGACACCAAUUGCACGGCGUAUACGGCUCAGAGAAUGUCCGCGUGAGUCAACUCAUGGAAGUCGAAGAAUACGAAACACUGUGGCAGCUAGUCUCUGUAGUUGACGCAGUACCUAGUGGCUCCAACAAACCAACUACACCCGACGAUUGGGAAGAACCUGUGGACUUUGCCUCCAAGAAGCCUGCCAAGCAUUCCGUACCCUAUCUAGGCUUCGAGGCCUUUGUUGAAAGUCUUCCUGCAGGAAGUAUGACUGGUGCUCCCAAGAAACGAUCAUGUGAGAUUCUUCAAGACGUGGAAAAGGGCGAAAGAAGAGGCCUGUACUCUGGUGUUCUCGGCUAUCUUGACGUUGGAGGCGGUGGCGACUUUAGUGUAGUCAUACGCACUGCUGUCAAAAUCGACAACGAUGACCUCCAGACCGACAACAAAGAAGACGUCUGGCGUCUCGGUGCUGGAGGGGCAGUUACGAGCCAGAGCACACCACAGGGCGAAUACGAAGAGAUGAUUGCCAAGUUUGGAAGCACUAGCAGGGCAUUCAUGCCUCUCCCACCGCCAAAGUCGAGGACCAAGGGUAGGAGGGUUGAGAUUAUCGAACCUGAUGACCCUGAAUUUGCGGAAUUGCUUGCAAGCAUGAGGGGAGGAGAAGAGCUGACGCUGGACGACGCUCAAAUCAUGUUGCGAGCUGUGGAGCGUGAACUAAGGAGGAGGACCGGCGAAGAUUCAGGCAAUGAUACCACAGAGGUGGAGUGA